CCGGGCGGCCGCGGCGUCACUCGGGCGAGCGAGGCGGCCGGGGCCGGGGCCGGGGCCGGGGCCGGGGCAGCGGCGGCCGCGCCGGGCAUGGAGCUCGCAAGCCCGCGCUGAGGCGGGACGCGCCUGCUGGCCGCGAGCGAGAGGCUCUCCGCCGUGAGGCGCGCGGGCUCCGGGCCGGGGCCGGGCAAACUUUUCUUUCUCUUUUGCCCUCUCCGGAGGCGCCUUCUGCGGCGGGCGGACCGACUCCUCGGCGCGGCGGGGCCGGGGCAGGCUGGACGCGGCAUGAUGCGCGCAGUGUGGGAGGCGCUGGCGGCGCUGGCGGCGGUGGCGUGCCUGGUGGGCGCGGUGCGCGGCGGGCCCGGGCUCAGCAUGUUCUCCGGCCAGGCGGCGCAGCCCGACCCCUGCUCGGACGAGAACGGCCACCCGCGCCGCUGCAUCCCCGACUUCGUCAACGCGGCCUUCGGCAAGGACGUGCGCGUGUCCAGCACCUGCGGCCGGCCCCCGGCGCGCUACUGCGUGGUGAGCGAGCGCGGCGAGGAGCGGCUGCGCUCCUGCCACCUUUGCAACGCGUCCGACCCCAAGAAGGCGCACCCGCCCGCCUUCCUGACCGACCUCAACAACCCGCACAACCUGACGUGCUGGCAGUCCGAGAACUACCUGCAGUUCCCGCACAACGUCACGCUCACGCUGUCGCUCGGCAAGAAGUUCGAGGUGACCUACGUGAGCCUGCAGUUCUGCUCGCCGCGGCCCGAGUCCAUGGCCAUCUACAAGUCCAUGGACUACGGGCGCACGUGGGUGCCCUUCCAGUUCUACUCCACGCAGUGCCGCAAGAUGUACAACCGGCCGCACCGCGCGCCCAUCACCAAGCAGAACGAGCAGGAGGCCGUGUGCACCGACUCGCACACCGACAUGCGCCCGCUCUCCGGCGGCCUCAUCGCCUUCAGCACGCUGGACGGGCGGCCCUCGGCGCACGACUUCGACAACUCGCCGGUGCUCCAGGACUGGGUCACGGCCACCGACAUCCGCGUGGCCUUCAGCCGCCUGCACACGUUCGGCGACGAGAACGAGGACGACUCGGAGCUGGCGCGCGACUCGUACUUCUACGCCGUGUCCGACCUGCAGGUGGGCGGCCGCUGCAAAUGCAACGGCCACGCGGCCCGCUGCGUGCGCGACCGCGACGACAGCCUGGUGUGCGACUGCAGGCACAACACGGCCGGCCCGGAAUGCGACCGCUGCAAGCCGUUCCACUACGACCGGCCCUGGCAGCGCGCCACGGCCCGCGAGGCCAACGAGUGCGUGGCCUGUAACUGUAACCUGCACGCCCGGCGCUGCCGCUUCAACACCGAGCUGUACAAGCUGUCGGGGCGCAAGAGCGGGGGCGUCUGCCUCAACUGUCGCCACAACACCGCCGGCCGCCACUGCCACUACUGCAAGGAGGGCUACUACCGCGACAUGGGCAAGCCCGUCACCCACCGGAAGGCCUGCAAAGCCUGUGAUUGCCACCCCGUGGGUGCUGCUGGCAAGACCUGCAACCAGACCACCGGCCAGUGUCCCUGCAAGGACGGCGUGACCGGCAUCACCUGCAACCGUUGUGCCAAAGGCUACCAGCAGAGCCGCUCCCCCAUCGCCCCCUGCAUAAAGAUCCCCGUGGCACCCCCGACCACCGCAGCCAGCAGCGUGGAGGAACCGGAAGACUGCGAUUCCUACUGCAAGGCCUCGAAAGGGAAGCUGAAGAUUAACAUGAAAAAGUACUGCAGGAAGGACUAUGCGGUCCAGAUCCACAUCCUGAAGGCGGAUAAAGCGGGGGACUGGUGGAAGUUCACGGUGAACAUCAUCUCCGUGUACAAGCAGGGCACGAGCCGCAUCCGCCGCGGUGACCAGAGCCUGUGGAUCCGCUCGCGGGACAUCGCCUGCAAGUGUCCCAAAAUCAAGCCCCUCAAGAAGUACCUGCUCCUGGGCAACGCGGAGGACUCGCCCGACCAGAGCGGCAUCGUGGCGGACAAGAGCAGCCUGGUGAUCCAAUGGCGGGACACGUGGGCGCGGCGGCUGCGCAAGUUCCAGCAGCGCGAGAAGAAGGGCAAGUGCAAGAAGGCCUAGCGCGGAGGCAGCGGCGCGCCGGGAGGGCGGGCGGGCGGGCGGGGCCGAGCGCGAGCGCGCUUUCCCGGGCGAGGGGGGCGGGGCGGGGCGGGGGCCGUAGCGGGGCGGGGCUCCGGCCGCGGUCCCGCCCCCCGCCCCGCCCCCGCCGCGCGCCCGGGGCGGGAGAGAUGAGGACGAGACUUAGCUACCUCACGGGCUCCUUCCAGAGCAGCGGCGCGCUCCCCGGGAGGGGCGGGGCCGACGAGGGGGCGGGGCCGCCUGGUCCCGGCCGGG